AUGUCUUUCCUGGAGAGUCACGGAUUCCCAACUGUACCCCAAAUGAAAAGUAAGUCGAUAUUGUUCUGCCAUUCCAUCCUUUCUGAGGGCACACCAACCUUUUUUGAUGAGCCUGCCCAAAGAUUAGCUCGACUCUCGAGUAGUGAUGGUUACGAUACAUUUACUAGAGUUUCCAAUUCGAUCUUUGAUUAUUUCACACUGCUUUUCAGCAACGCUUCCAAGCUCCACCAUUAUGUCCUUGUGGUCAGAAGGCCGACGGCACCUUUAGGUGAGGGUACACGCACUCGGAUAAGUCACAACGGCGAUUCAUACGUUUUCCAAGGGUUUUCGGUGAGUCCUCGUUCCUGCACGACUUUAUAUCCCUCUUCUGACGAAUUCACCAUUUUCGGUCGAUUUCAGUGUUUUACCGUAGAAGAGCUAGACAUGUUUCACCAGUACCUUUUCGUUGACCUUUUGGAACUAUACGAUGAAUCGUUGUAUCCGUUUGGGGUCACUGAUGGUUGCCCAAUCUACCAUGUCAUGCCGCGGUUCAUCUGCGAGAAAGGUUCGGUUCAACUGUAUUGGCAUCGAUAUAAUUUUACUCAAACGAGCUUACAAUUAGUGCCACGACGUCAUGUCUAUUACAGCCCCAUAGCUUAUGCAAACUUGAAGAACCCAGAACUUGCGGAGGCUCAACGUCGUCUUAAUAAGUUGCGUCAUGCUCAAUCAAGUACUAGUACAGGGCAGAAAGAGCAUCUGGAUGAGAUGAACACCCUACUCAAACGAAUCAAUGAAAUAAAACAACACGCUGCCUCCCUCAACACUACCAAAGUAAUCCCUUGCACCGGUUUCUUAGCGACAGGACUUUAUGCGGAUGUCACGGCGCAUGUUCUACUGAUGAUUCUCGCUGUGAAGCAUGCACGACUGCAUUGGUCUCUUUCGGAGUUCGAGAAGAUCAUCGAUUACAAGUUUGCAAACCGAAACUUAAUUGAGCUCGCCUUCACUCAUCCAUCCUACAAAAAUGAUUUUGGCGUAAACGUGGACCAUGUGAAGACAACGCUGACCAAUUGCUUAUUUCGCCGAUAUGCUCCGUUCACAGAAAACAACGAGAAGAAAAAAGGUUUCCGUAAUCUGAUGCAUAUAAUGUCGCAGUCUGGGUCAAAUACUGCUGGUUUGUCGAAAGUGGCACAUAACGAACGAUUGGAAUAUUUGGGUGAUGCUGUGGUGGAGUUGAUAGUGUCGAGUCGCUUGUUCUUCAUUCUGCCGCAUCAAGAAGAGGGUGGUCUGGCUACGUACCGUAGCGCGCUAGUACAAAAUCGUAAUCUUGCAGCACUUGGGAAGAAACUACACCUCGGUGAUUGGAUGAUGUAUGCUCAUGGAAUUGAUUUAUGUGAUGAGGAAGAUUUUCGGAAAUCCUUAGCCAAUACGUUUGAGGCUGUGCUGGCUGCCAUUUAUUUGGAUGGAGGAAUCGAGGAGUGUGAUCGUAUUUUUGCCGACGCGAUGUUUGGUGAUGAUCCUGCGGUCAAAGAUCAGUGGCUAAAUGUUCCUGAGCAUCCUCUUAAGGUCGAACAACCGGACGGUGAUAGAAUGAUUAUCGAUGACACCGACGAACUACUCGAACUUACAGACUUAGAGGAUAUCCUUGGAUUCCGUUUUCAAAAUAUCCGAUUGCUCGCGAAAGCGCUGACUCGAAGAAAUGUGCCGUACAACACACUCACUUGUGGUAAUAACCAGCGUUUGGAGUGGCUUGGAGAUGCUGUGCUGCAACUUGUAAUUUCCAAUUAUCUUUAUCAUCAUUUUCCAAAUCAUCACGAAGGACAUCUAUCACUGUUGCGCACCUGUCUCGUCUGUAACGAAACACAGUCACAAAUUUGCGAAGAUCUUGGUCUCCACUGUUUCAUUAUACAUCCUCCCGGAGGUGGUUCGCGUUUGCCUGAUCUUAGCUUGAAAGAUAAGGCUGAUUUGGUUGAAGGUGAGCCAUUCAUUCUCUCAUUGAAGAAUACUGUACAUAGUAUUUCCAAUCAAAAACCAAACUCCUUUAAGAAACAUUUCAUCGAGUCGAAAAAAUGGAAUGACUCCAAGUCGCAGUUGCAACAGUGUUGUCUAGCUUUGCGAGAAUUAGACGCUGGCGAUUCUUCUGCUCCAGAAAUGCCGGAAUAUAGAACCAUCGGUAUAGAAGGUUCAACAAAUGCUCGCCAUUACCGCGUGGCAGUUUAUUUCAGGAAUAUGCGUCUGGCUGUCGGUGAAGCCUGUACUGUUCAUUUGGCGCAGAUGAAUGCAGCUAAAAAAGCUCUUGAAGAGUACAAAGAAAUGUUCUCCUCCAUAUCAAGGAACAAUGUCAAAAAUGCGGCUAGUGCCUUCAUUAAGGUAGGUCAAGGUUCCUCAUAA